GGAAAGAGAGAGGUAGAGAGAGUUGAAUGAUUACAGCUACAGGAGAUGGGGUACUCCUUUGGAGAAGAAGAUCGCAGUUAAACAAAACCCUGAAACGAUGGAGAAGGGCCGCGAAGCCGGAGCUCCGGCAGCUAAUGCCGCCACCGCUGGCGCGAGCAGCAGCACCGCCACCACCACCACCGCCGCCGCAACCAGUUAUGCUUCAACGACGAAGACGCCAGAAGUGCAGGUUGUAGAACAAGCACCUAGAAGGAGAGCUGGUGCACCCAAAAGAAAAUCCAACCAUUCAAAUACAUCUGGUAUCUCUUCAACGCCUUCAAAGCGCCUUGCAAAGGAGAGACCCCCAGUUCCACUGCCUCCUAACCAUAAUGGCCCUUGUACCCGCGCCCGACAAUCUCCAAACAAGCUCGCCUUGGCCGCCGCAGCUGCAGCUGCUGCUACUUCCGCCCCGGAGAAGCUGGCGGAGUCAGUGCCACCUCAUGUUUCGUGUUCUUCUGGAGAAGGUGUUGCUGCGGCCGAAGAAUCGAAUGCCGCCAAAGAAUCCUGGCAGGCGUUAGAGUCUAUCAUGGAUGCAGAGUUCGAAGCUGUCAGAUCCCGUGACGCUAACGCUCAUGUCGUCCCUACGCAUGCAGGAUGGUUUUCAUGGACCAAAAUUCAUCCUCUGGAGGAGCGUGCUAUGGCUUCAUUCUUCAAUGGUAAGUCUGAGAAGCGGACGCCUGAUAUCUAUAUGGGAAUACGCAAUCUCAUUAUGAAGAAGUUUCAUGCGGAUCCGCAGACACCUGUUGAGUUGAAAGAUCUGUCAGAGCUUUCUGUUGGAGAGCCGGAUGCAAGGCAAGAGGUCAUGGAGUUCUUAGAUUACUGGGGUUUAAUUAAUUUCCACCCGUUUCCACCGUCAGAUUCUGUUAUGGCCAAUGCCGAGGUUGAUGGAAUUGUGAAUACAGCUUCUUUGCUUGAGAAACUCUAUCGGUUUGAUACAGUUCAGUUUCGUUCACCGGGUCCGAGGACAGACUUUUCUGCACCUGUCGUGCCACCUCACUUAUUUCCCGAAACUGCAAUUGUUGACGAUUUGGUGAGGCCAGAGGGUCCGUCAGUAGAGUACCAUUGCAACUCAUGCUCUGCAGAUUGUUCUCGCAAACGCUACCAUUGCCAGAAACAGGCAGAUUUUGAUUUAUGCUCUGAGUGUUAUAAUGAUGGGAAGUUUGACUCUGGAAUGUCCCCAGCUGAUUUCAUUCUCAUGGAACCUGCUGAGGCUCCUGGUGUAAGUGGGGGUAGUUGGACAGAUCAGGAGACUCUCCUGCUUCUGGAAGCCCUGGAGCUUUAUGGAGAGAACUGGAAUGAGAUUGCUGAACAUGUGGCUACGAAAACCAAAGCUCAAUGUAUCAUGCAUUUUGUUCAAAUGCCAAUCGAGGAUAUGUUUUUGGAGGGUACAGAUGAUUUUGAUGCCAGUAGCCAAGGAAAUACAAAUCCAGGUUCAACCAAUAAUAAUUCAUCUGCUUUGAAGGAUGUUCCAGAAACAACCGAGAGUAAGGCAAACAAGGAGAGCAAAAGCACAGCCAAUGAGGACAGUGUCAGCACAGCCAAUGAAGAGAGCAAAAUCACAGCCAAUGAGGAGAGCAAAAUCACAGCCAAUGAGGAGAGUAAAAGCACAGCCAAUGAGGGUAAAAGCUUAGCUAAUGAGGAGCAAUCCCUCUCUUCACAAAUGGAUCUGUCAAAGUCAAAAGAUGGAAGUCAAUUUAAGGUUGCUUCAGAUUUAGAUACUAACCAUGCACUAAAAGCCUUGAAGGAAGCAUUCCAGGCUGUUAGCUCUCUUCCUGAGCCUGGAGGUUCACUUUCAUUUGCUGAAGCAGGGAACCCUGUAAUGACAUUGGCAGCAUUCUUAGCACGCCUGGUGGAACCUAAUGUUGCUGCGGCUUCAGCCCGUAGUUUACUAAAGGCUAUUUCUGAGGAUUCUCCUAGCAUUCAGCUGGCUACUAGGCACUGUUUUCUUCUUGAAGAUCCAUCAGAUGACGUGAAGGAACCCUGUGUCUCUGAGAGUGCUGUUGUUGAAAUGGUUGAUGCGGAGGCCCAAAAUAAAAACCAGGAUGUGGAACACCAGGGGGACGAAGCCCGCACAUCAAAUUUGGAUGGAACUGAUGCGUCUAAUGAUUCUACUGUCAAGAAAAUUGAGAAUGCUGUUCCAAAAGAGGAGCCAUUUGCUUCUCCUAAUGAGGGUUCGACGGAGAAGCUGUGUGUUUCAAAGGUGCUAGAUGACGCAGCAACUGAGGAGAUGGUCACCACAAGUUCUCAGGAUAAGGUCUCACCAAGUACUCAGCAAGUGGUUGAACCUACUGCUGUGAAAGAAUCAAGUGAGCCAGCUUUGCCUGGGGAUGAAAAAUCAAACUCAAUGAAGGACGAUUUGGCUUUGCCAGCAGAGGACCCACCAAGUUCUGUAAAUAAAUCAGUUGAUGUAGGUUCAGUGGUCGAGGCCACUCAAUGUGAAGAGGUUCCAAAGGCCGUUGAUAUGGAGCCUGAUCCAAUUCCCUCUGAAGAGAAGGAGAAAGAGACUCAGCAACCAGUUGCACUUACUUCAGUGGUUCACAGUGGAACUGAUGAAAAAACUGCAGAUAAUACAGAUCAGGAUAACACAAAACAGAUAGAUUGUAAAAGUGAGAAGAAGUGCAAAUUGAAUGAAACUAAAGAUCAUCAUAAUGUAGAUAAAGCAAAAUGUGCUGCGAUAACUGCUAUCUCAGCUGCAGCUGUGAAGGCAAAGCUUCUUGCCAAGCAAGAAGAAGACCAAAUACGACAGCUUACUACCUUUUUGAUUGAGAAGCAGGUGCAUAAGUUGGAGACCAAGUUGGCUUUCUUUUCUGAGAUGGAAGGCAUGAUAAUAAAAGUCAAGGAACAAAUGGAUCGGUCAAGACAGAGGCUUUACCAAGAGCGGGCCCAGAUAAUUGCCACACGACUGGGCUUACCCGCUUCCUCAUCGAGAGCAUUACCAACAUCAUAUCCUAACAGCAAAAUCCCAAUGGGCUAUACAAACUCGGUGCCAAAGCCAUUGCCAAGCAUUAGCUCUUCAAAGCCUUCAGUUAAAAGAACCAUGAUGACUUCAGCUCCUCUCCUGUCAAACGCAUCUAUUCCCAAUAGUGUCACAGGAAGUUUAAGUCAUCCAUCAAACCAGGACAAACUUUCUUCAGUUGGAACAAAUUUGUGAUCCAAUUACAGACAUGCUGAUGUAAUCUUUUUUCACUUCUAUACAGCAGCUCUGUGAGGUCUAUUACCAACUAUAACAAGUAAUUAAUUGUUUUACUGGGAAAA